UCAACCUAUAACAUGGCUGAUUCACUCACAGUUAAUGUUGAUUCCUCACCUAAGCUUGAAUUAUAUGCUAAACAAGAAAAAAAUAUCAGCUAUGAGACUGAACACUCUCCAUCUAGUAUCCAAAAGGCUCUUGCUGAAUUUGUGGGUACAUACAUUCUUAUAUUUGCUGGUUGUGGGGCUGCUCUUGUCAACGAGAAGUUACCAAUCACAGUAGUUGGCAUAGCAGUUGUUUCAGGUUUAGCUUUAACCGUCGCAAUAUAUUCGGUCGGCCAUGUCUCUGGUGCUCAUUUCAAUCCCUCUGUCACAAUUGCCUUGGCCGUUGUCCAAAAAAUUCACUUCAAACUUGUGCCCGUUUAUGUGGUAUGUCAGUUGAUGGGUGCUACACUGGCCACUCUGACCCUCAAAGUGUUGUAUCAUGACAAGGUGGAAAUUGGUGUAGCAUUGACCCAAUUUUCAAACCCAACUUCUUAUCUUGAAGCAUUGGUUUGGGAAUCCAUAAUCACUUUCAUAUUGGUGCUAACUAUUUGUGGUGUUGCCACUGAUCACAGAGGGAGCAAAGAUCUUGCUGGAGUUGCAAUAGGAAUUUCAGUUCUGAUUAAUAUCAUCAUUGCCGGGCCUACCACGGGAGCUUCGAUGAAUCCAGCAAGGAGUUUAGGUCCUGCCAUAGUAUCAGGCAAUUACAAAAACAUUUGGGUUUAUAUCAUAGGACCAACUAUUGGAGCAGUCUUUGCAACUGUGCUUUACACAUUCCUAAGAGUAACAAAACCAGCUCAACCAGAACCAGAAUCAUAUCAUGUCUGAAAUCAUAAUUAUUUGACUUUCUGAUCCAUCGACUGAUUGUUAAUUUCUAUGAGUUUUAUCAAGCUUCGAGGAUCUGUAUUCUAUACCUGUCAAAAAAAAUUAUGUAGCAGAAGCUCAUUCACUAGUUUAGAAAAGAAAUGCAAUAGUGCUUGUUCCCCGUGCUUCUAAGCAAAGCUGCGAUGAAGUACACAGUGAGGACUAAGAAUAUUUGUAUCAAGACUAUAUAUGUGCUAGAAAUUAUAAGUUAACCUUUUAGAAAAUGUAAUAAUAAAGUUAGCCACGGCUCAAAUGGAACUUUUUAGACGGAUUGAUUAAUCCAACGAAUGAGAACGGUUGAAAUGCAUGGUGCCUUUGGCGCACUAAAGAUACUGAAUAUGUUCCCAUAGUCAUCAAUCAGCAGUUAAGCACAAAAUUUAUAC